UCUGUGAAGUGACAGACCACUGUUUUCUCUGAGUACUGUUCGUUUUUUUUCCAACAAGCACUCUUUAAAUUACGUGACAGCGCAAGCAAACAUCCAAACCGACUUUUCCUUUCAAGCACAAGUGAAAUAAAGAGUACCGUAACGAGCGAGGUUUAAAGCAGUGGAUGGAAAGCCUGGAACCUGAAACCUUGUAUGUGCCUCUGGAACAGACAGGGAAGCCCACUCUCCUACUCCCUAACUUGGAAGACCCGAACUCAGCACUAGGAAGUGGGAAGAAGAUGAAUGGGUCUUUAGAGCACCCCGACCAACCGGACAUAGAUGCAAUCAAGAUGUUUGUAGGACAGAUCCCGAGGUCCUGGUCUGAAGAGCAGCUUCGGGAGCUGUUUGAGCCUUAUGGAGCCGUCUACGAGAUCAACGUUCUCCGAGACCGCAGCCAGAAUCCCCCACAGAGUAAAGGUUGCUGUUUCAUAACUUACUACACACGUAAAUCUGCUUUGGAAGCACAGAAUGCUUUGCACAACAUGAAGAUUCUUCCAGGGAUGCACCACCCAAUCCAGAUGAAGCCAGCUGACAGCGAGAAAAACAAUGCAGUGGAGGACAGGAAGCUGUUUAUUGGAAUGAUCUCAAAGAAGUGUAACGAGAAUGACAUCAGAUUGAUGUUCUCACCGUAUGGCCAGAUAGAGGAAUGCCGAAUACUUCGAGGCCCUGAUGGACUCAGCCGAGGGUGUGCGUUUGUGACUUUCACAGCAAGACAAAUGGCCCAGUCUGCCAUCAAGUCCAUGCAUCAGUCCCAGACGAUGGAGGGAUGUUCAUCGCCUAUCGUGGUCAAAUUUGCAGAUACCCAGAAGGAUAAGGAGCAGAAGCGCAUGGCCCAACAGUUGCAGCAGCAAAUGCAGCAACUCAGUGCUGCCUCCAUGUGGGGAAACCUCACUGGGCUCAACAGCCUCGGUCCACAGUACCUAGCACUCUACCUACAGCUGCUGCAGCAGUCGGCCUCCUCAGGGAACGCUCUCAACAACCUGCACCCUGUUUCAGGUCUUCAUGCCAUGCAGAACCUGGCUGCUUUAGCAGCAGCAGCUACUGCCACACAGGCCGCACCCACAGGAACAAACACCAUGACAACAUCAAGCAGUCCCCUAAGUGCACUAACAAGUUCAGGCUCCUCCCCCACCUCCAGCAGUAACUCCUCCGUAAACACCAUGGCGUCUCUGGGGGCGCUGCAGUCUCUGGCAGCCGGUGCUGGAGCAGGCCUUAACAUGGGCUCCCUGGCAGGAAUGGCAGCUCUGAAUGGCAGCAUCGGCUCUGGAGGUCUGUCCAACGGCUCAGGAAGCACCAUGGAGGCACUGAGCCAGGCCUACUCAGGCAUCCAGCAGUAUGCUGCUGCUGCCCUUCCCAGCCUGUAUAACCAGAGCCUGCUGUCCCAGCAGAGCAUCUCAGCAGCAGGCAGCCAAAAGGAAGGUCCCGAGGGUGCCAACUUGUUCAUUUACCACCUGCCGCAGGAGUUCGGAGACCAGGACCUGCUCCAGAUGUUUAUGCCUUUUGGAAAUGUCAUUUCUGCUAAAGUCUUCAUCGACAAACAGACAAACCUCAGCAAGUGUUUUGGCUUUGUGAGCUAUGACAACCCUGUGUCGUCACAGGCCGCCAUCCAGUCCAUGAAUGGUUUCCAGAUCGGGAUGAAGAGGCUGAAGGUGCAGCUGAAGCGCUCAAAGAACGACAGCAAGCCGUACUGAAGGUGCACAGCACUGCAGGCUUAGUUAGGCAGGGUGGUGUAAUGGUAAGUGGAGUAUGAUUAACAAACCAAGACCAGUCAGUCAGAGCAAGUCUGUGCAUCACGGUGACGAGGCUGUGCCGCCUCUCCUGGUCAUGGUUGUAAAAUGUCCAGGCUAAGAGACACUUGAAGCUAUAUGCAAGAUUUUUUCAAGCUAGACUGGAUUCCUUCUGUGUUUUGUGUGGUUUAUGCACUUUGUUUUUGUUUGAACAAAUAAGACAACAAGUGUAUUUUAUUUAAGUUGAAUUGUAAUCAGUUUGCUGUGGUACAUAAUGCACAUAUGGGUUGAUUGUUAGGAUGUGUUGCAUAUUGACAUUCAGGAGUCAAAACGAUGCCGUUUGUUGUUCUUGUUAUCAUCCCGUGCACCGCCCAGACUCCAAAUAAAAGUCUGGGGAAUACAGAGCUCCAAUAGAUGAAGAAACCACAAUCAUUACAAGUUCUUUUGCAUUUCAACAAACCAAAAUUUGUGCUACGACUGCUUGUGUAUGACGUAUCUAUCAGAGCUGGGCACUUCUCCGUUAAUCCGUUUGACUUUUCAAAACCUUGAAUUUCUGUUAAUUAUAGCCCCCGGUAUUUUAGACAUCUUACUGAAUACCAAGCCUAAAUGCCCGUCUCUGCCCUGUGCUUUUAUUGUGAAAUGCUAUUUCACCUCCUGGAAGUUAUUUACUUCCUAAGCUCAGCUAGAAUUAAGACAUCAGUAUAAUAUCAAUAUAGUUUGUUGAUUUGAAUGAAUCCAUUGAUCUGUCUGGAUGUUUGUAAUGAACCUUUUACCAGAUUCUGAUCAUAUUGACCCUUUCUGAUCCUGCUAGAAUAUUAAAACCAGAAGCCGAGUGCACCAGCUGGGCUUAAAAAAGUCUGUCUUUUCUCCUACGUCCUACUUCUAGGAUCAACUUUACACCAGCCCCUAGCUUUACCAUGUGAAUUAGGUGAACGUUCACAGAAAGAUUACUAAAAUCUGACUCUCAUCAAACUAUCAACAGAAGAUUUGGACAAAUCAAAUGAAAAGAAGUCAGAAUUUCUUUGUAGAGCCCAAAAUCACUUCUUACAGUCCUGCAGGAUGUUGUCUGACAAACACCAACGUGUCUGACCUGACGUGAGUGACUUGCAUCUUGACUUUGACCAACAGGAACACACAUUAGGGUAUUUAGCUAGGCUGUACUUGCCUCACAUUAAUAUUUCCAGUUUUAUGUGAAGGAUAUCCAGGCUAUUUUGCUAUAUUGUCCUUUUUCUUGACACGAAGGAUGACUUCACAUUCGUUGGUUUCUUCUUUCAGAGCACAAGAUUACUAACAUCAAACACAUGGCUUCUGUAGUAGCUUCCCGAUGACCUCUGACCUCACACAUUCUCAGAGACAGCAGAUAACAUUGCUACAUCAGCAGAUGAUUGGUCGGAUCACACUUGUAGUGUUGCUUGUCACGUAGUCUGACAUGGCACCAUCACAAAAGCAGAAAACAUUGUGUGAUCUGAUGGCACAUUAAUCUGCUGAAGUCCAGCUGGUGCCUGGGUUAGAACGUAAAGUUGAUCUAAACUUCGAGCUUUACGUUAGACGUAAUGUUGCACCCAGGUAAAAACCAGCUGGUGCACUCGUCUACUAGAGAGUACAGUACAGCUUCUAACAGAAGAUGACUGACUCUACCAAUAUUUGUUUGUUUUACAAUGUGUAGAUUGUGGCUGGAUGCUGAAAAUCUGUAUCACAAGAAGCAGAACUUUCUAGACAUGUUUGGGAUGAUGCUCGAACAUGGCAGCUGACUGGAGGCGGACUGUCAAGCUUUCAACAGGCUUUAACAUUAACUUCUGUUCAUUUUGAGCUUAAUCAGCAAAGUUAAGGUCUUUGUUAGCGGUUACUAAGUUAAACUGAUGAUUAACUGUGCCCACCUCUGAUAUCUACUGAAUAUUAUUUUUGAAAUGGAGCCAAUGGGUGUGCCUACACCAAUAUAAGUUGGACUGUUCAGGGCAAGAUAAGGUAAACGACUCUAUUUUUUAUAUGGAGGAGCCCCACCAAAUCACACACACAUGGUCUCAUUUGGAUGUAAUUGGUCUUAUUCUAAGUUUGAGUCUUGUUGAUGGAGAAAGUGAGAAGCUGAUGUAGGGCUGGUAGACAUAUCAACAUCCACAAUCAAAAGUCAGAUCUUGAUAUUUUUGAGCUAAAUGGCAAUUAACGAUACAUAUAUGUGGGUAUUUUUUCUGUAAAGAAAAAGCAAAUGUUUGCCAUGAUACAAGAACAAGAACUUUAAAGUUUGAAAUCAAACCAUAUAUUAUUUUUAAUGAUCAAAAACGUACAAAAAACAUCCUAAAUGCUGUUAAAUUUGCAGAAACAUUGGCAAAAUAUGUGCAUGUGGAGGUUAAAUCAGCAGUUUUCAAAGUGUGAGGCGGAUCUCCCCUGGGGGGCGCCACAGGACUUCGGGGGAGGUACGGAACCAUAAACCAGAAAAACAGCAGAUCUGCUUUACUAUUAGAGAGUCAAAUUAAACAUUAAAAAUGUAAUGUUGAAAGAUUAGACAUAAAUGUUUAAAAAUAUAGUUGUUUCACUUUAUGAAAUCUUAUUUGUUUUGGGGAUUGGAUGCAGGGAAAAAUUAUGUUCUCUCGCUUUGUCACACUUUGAAAACCGCUGACUUAGACCAAGAUCACCCAUAAGGGGGGAGAAAGGGAAGAGCUUUCUGGGACCCUUCCACACUGGGGGCUGUGAAAGUCAGUGACAGAAUGAUCCAUGAUAGUAAUUCGUAUCAGAGUAGCAAAAUACACAUUUUGUUUAUUUAAUUAAAAUUAAACAAAAAACAGAAUGGGCCUUUUUUAAAAUCAACAACAUGGAUGGGCCCCUCAGGAAGCUGCUGUUAAAUCGAAACACACCUUAAACAUAAUCCAAGGUGUCCUACAACAUAAAUCACGCUUAAUAAAAAUUUUCUGCAUCUGUUUUUAGCAUUUUUAAUCAAAUUUUUGGUGACAAAGACUGAUGGAAGCAGGCUUGAACACCCAUCAGGCCCUCACACGUUAGCUCUCACUUUCUCUAUUUCAGUGUUUCUCAACUGGUUGAUUGGACUCUGGACCCAAAAGUGGGCCAAGGAGCUGUUUUCAGAAGGUCAGAAUUACAUGCAUGGUAAAAAAUGUUAAUAAUAGCCAAUGAUGUAGGGAAGCACAAAGUGGACAUACUGUACAUUCAUGUAUUUCCUAACACCCUGCCUAUGAUCUCUUAAUUUCUUUAUUUCUCUAGAAAUCAACCAAAAUUCACAUUAUAUUACAGCAAAAUGGGGCAAAAUAAAGAAUGAAAUAUAAAGUGUAUUUGUUCAGCCAUGUUUUAAUCCACUUAAGGUUCAAACUGCAACAACAUUCAGUAAACAAGUUGAAAGUUUAUCUGUAAACUUGGGUCAUGAUUUGUCAUUUACGAGGCUUUAGUAGCUCCUGAUGUCUGACUAGUUGAGAACCACUGAUCGACUCGUCACAAACCACCAAGCUUUACAAUCACAGCAUAAAAAGCAGAGAUUCGGCGGUGCACCUCCUGCACAUUGAGGCCUGAUGUGGCCCUGAAAACAAACUAUCAGCCCAAACAGCAAAAAUUGGCACUAAAACCUCUCUCAGCCACAUCUUCUUCACAUGCCAAAUUACUCAAGAAAAGCCUGUUAGUUUCAUAGAAAUCAUCUGUUUUUUAAACGCUUAGAAACAAGACAGUGAGAUGUAUAUUUAAACUAUGAUGCCUUUUCUAUUUUUAUAUAGGUUUUAUACUUCCCUGUAUGUUGGGGAACUAUUUAUUGCCUAAAUUAUUUAUCUGAAUUGAAACUAUUUUGACAGAAAAAUGUACAGUCUAACCACUCUAAUAUCCUUGUGUGUGUGUGCGUGUGUUAUCUUCCUGCUUGUUUCGUGUUUUUUUCCUUUCGGUGGUGUGAACUUUGUGUCAUUGCUGCAUGGAUUGUGUGUAGGAUCCAUCAGUGCUGCUACAGACUUUAAUGAACCCUCUCUUUACUCUGCUCGGAGGACGCCGUCGUUGUUUCUUUGGAUUUGUCUGUUAGGAGAGUAUUUUUAAAAAUACUUUUCAUUAGAUACUAUCAGCUGAUAUCCAAAAAGUGUGUGCCUAUUUGGAUUUUUUAUGGAAUAUUUAACUCAAAAACCACGCUUGAGCUGUCAUAGAGUUGUGUUAUUUAACUUUUUUGUCAAGCAGAGGGCUCUGAAUCUAAAGUUUACAUCUGCAGCUCAAGAUGCAGAGCAUGACAGCUGAUAAGUGGUUGACAAGGAUGGUUGUAAAUGUGAAAUGAGAUGUUUACUUUGUGAAAGUUAAUUGUUAAAGAAAGCAGCCUUCAAGUCUCAAUAUAAAAUUAGGUAUCACCAUUGUUUUGAUAAUCAUUGGUUUUAAAAGCAAAAUGACCCUUUGUCAAACCCUAGACGUUGGGCUCCUUCCCAUUUAAACAACUAAAAAUAUCCUGUGAUUUGACCAACUUCUAUUGAUAUUUAAUUGAUUUGCUUCUUUGAUAAAGUUGUCCUCAGUGAAAGAGCUUACAAUGGAUCAGUUGUGUAUUCUGUUAUUUUAAUAGAUUUAAUUGUGACUUGAAACUAAAAUAGCAAAAAGAAUGAAAUCUUUUUGAAAUGUCAACCAUCAAGGUGAACGUCAGGUCCACAUUGGUCUGUCAGUUAUGCGUUGUUUUCAUUUUACCACUCAGUAAAUCUCUUGUAACUACAGUUGUUCCAGUUCAGAUACCAGUAUCGGAAAUACGUCAGAUACUGCUGAAUAUGCGGGUAUUGGCGAGUACACGUUUACGCAACGAUUUGAGCAUUGUCAUACAACAAAGAAGUGAUGUAGGUUAUUCAAGGUUGAACCAUAAAUCGUAGCCUUUUACUUUUUUCCCCUCUUGAAGCUAGUUGUGCGCUGUUCCAAUGACGCUAUCCAUGCCUUAAAAAGCCUUGCAGAAGCAUCUCUAGCAAGCCUAAAACUUGGGGACUAAAAGAUAAAUCCAAACCAGUAGAUCUGAUAUUGAACAUCUUUUCGUUUUUUAAAAUCUGUUUUCGAUCAUAGCUAGCUUUAAAUGCUAACAGCCGUAUUGUUUUCCAGAACACUUCGUGAGGGGCUGCCAACCAAUGGCAAGCAGACAAGUCAUCAUGUCAUGCUAUAUCACUGCAGAUCAUUAUGGAGAUGGUCUAAAUAGAGCAUAAUGGAGAGAGAGCCUGUGACAUGGCCCUCUGUCUUUAUUUUGAUAAUUAGCAGGAAAUACAACUUAAACUGUCACAGAGAGGCUGUACAUUUCCAUUCUGUUUGAUGAGCUAUGUUCUGUAGGUCACUGUAGGGCUAAAAUAAUGUGCCAGUUUUCCACAGCACUGACAGUCCCAAAAUUUUACAACAGUAUCAGAUCAGUACUCAGUAUGGGCCGAUACCCAACGCUCUGGUAUCGUAAUCAGUAUCGAGAAGGAAAAAUGAACAUCUCUACCUGUAACCAACAGCAGUCACUUUGAUCAAAACCCAUGCAGUACGUUUACAUACAAUAAGAAAAUGUUUUAUUGUUGUCCAGACUAAAACUGGGCUUUUAAAAUCCAUCUAAACAUGAUGGUCUGCCUGAAAAUGUACUAAUUUGAAGCAGAUUCAAACUGAAGCCCUGUUUGGUAUUAUAAACCUCAAAAUAGGUCACAUUUCCACAGACACCCAUCCCCUCACUUGGCAGGCGGACUGUAGAGGGUGGUCAUGUGACGCCACAGACAGCACAACUCUCUGCGGUUUCAGCCGCUAGAGGCAGAAAGUUCAGACUGGUGACAGAAAUCAGUAGAUAGUAAGUAGGAAACUGCAUUAUUUCAGCUGAACAGUACCGUCAUUUUAAAAACCUACACCUUAGUGUCGUCCGCUGUGGUCAGACCAGAUCCUCACAUGUGGAAUACGUUUGUAGAAAUGUUUGGAGUAGUAUUCUCCUUCCUCUUACCUUAAUUACCUUACUUUUUUCUAACAUGACCUCAUUUUCCUAGUAGAUCUGAAAAGAACUACAACUAGGAACAAAGAGACUGCAUGUGGCUCUGGAGCCACUGGUGGAGUAUCACAGUGUUAGAUCCUGGGCUCCCAACCUGGGGUCCCCUGAGGUGGUGCCAAAUAUUUCAAGGGAGGCACAAGACUGUUUGCUCUGGGGGGGUCAAAAUUAGACUUGCAUUUAUUAACUAAAAUAACUAUAAAACAAUUUACACAAAUGCUUUUUGGUAAGAAUAAGGGUUAAGCCUGGGGGUUUUGGGUUUGAUUUAUGAAACGGUUAAAUUUUAAGAGGAGUUUUGACAGCAAGAUUAUGGUGUUUAAAUCUUCUAAUUUUGCUGAUGUUUCCUAAGGCAUUCUGGGAGAUUUUUCUUAACACUUGGUUAGGAGUGUGAAUCAGAAAAAUCUCAGUUUGAAGGGCCAUGUCGCCCUAGCACCACCCUACCCCCGCCAUUCAACAAUAAUCAGGACACCCUAUCCCUGGAUGUGAACUCCCAAAACAUAGGGGGAACCAGGAGGGAGCGGCACGGGUUUUAUUCAGAUUGAGCCCUUCUGUGAUCGGCAAUCACAGUCUGACUUAGACUCGAACGUGUAAAAAAAGCUUUGUAAACAAGCAAGAAACAUUAAAUUCAAUCUUUGAAAAGCACUGUUAGCCAGAGCUGAAACUACACUGACUAUCAGUUGGGCCCGUGUUAACUGCCCAAUCCAAGGUUGGUCAGACCAGCAUGCUGUGUGUUGACAGCAUGUGGCUCACCCUCUCAUUAACACUAAUAUGUGUAAUGUUAUCAAUAAUCUUGAUUUUUCCCUCUCCUGUCUGUGAUCCAUUGCUGUUUAACCCGUUUUUCCCCCAUAUUGUUUUUUUUUCUUUGUUUUCUCCAGAUCGCUCCCCGUUUGCCCUAACAUGUUGGUGUGGUGUCACAGUCCAUCGUCCAAUCUCUGUCUCCUACAUUUGUCAGAUGUUCCAUAUUUGCCUUCACCUUGUUGGUUUUGACAUUAAUAAACAGGAAGCGCUGUUAAGUUGGCUCCCAUAUGUGCUGCUAUCAGGGGCACUGGAAAGACUACCAUGAAGCAUGUCUAAAAGUUAGGAAUUCUAGACAUGAAGAUGAUCUAUUUUUGAUAGAGCUGAAUGAUAAUACCACUAGCUUUUUACUAGGGAUGGACAAUGAAUUUCAAAUAGAGCUCAACAGGCAUUCCUGAAGUUAAAAUCCCAUUGAUUUUCUUUUGGUUAUUCGCCAUGAUGGCCUAACCCUCUAAGGUUGACUAAGGAGCUGCCUGAGUGAGUUACAAUAGAAGACACAAGCUUGUGUGUCAUCAAGCUGGUUUUAAAAACAUGAUUUAUUCCCUAUCUCAGUAAAAGGAACUACACCACCCACAAUCCCAGGAAGUAACAGCAACAUCUCUGAUUGGUAGAGCCUGCUGCUGAUGCCUGCCCUACAAUUAAGAUACACCUAAUGAUCCUCAAAAUAUUUUAACAUUAUUAGUGAAUUUGUAAAAACUACAACACCAAAAAAAGAGUAAUAAUUUUUGGGAAUCACAAUAGGUUGUGAGAUGUGUAGUUCCUUCAUCCUGGAAAAAAUAUGUCCAAAGUCUAGUACCUUUGCCUUUUUCUCCAUUUUUUAAAAGCUGUUUUUGCACCAAAUCAGAGAAAUUUGGAGUAGCUGGUUGCCUUAGUUCCAGGAUUAAAAAUGUUGAUAUAAAGAUUUUGUGAAAUGUCAACAGAGAAUUUGAACGGGGAAGUUUACUUCUGGAACCAGAACUGCUGAAAAGUGGGUGUGCACUUUUGAGCUCUAUUCUUACUUGACAAUAAAUAAAAAAGAAGAAACUGUAGAUGCCUCAAGAAACUUUGUCUCUCCAAACUUAGGAAACAAUCUUUUUCACGGAUUAUUUUUAUGUAAAUGGCAAAUUCAAUGGUCAGUUUAAGUUAGUAUUGUUAAGAGAAAUAGAUAAUUUCUUACUGUAAGCUGGGUGUAAAAAAUGCUAAAUCUUUUAGCACCUUAGUGGCAAUUUCCAUAAUGUGUUAGCAUCAAGCUAACAAACUUGGAUGCAUAUCUGAGUCCAUCUCUUUGACUUUUCUUUGAAUAAUUAAAUGCAUAUCCCUGGUUUUUUCCAGAAUCAUUCUUCAUUCAUGAGUCUAACCUUCACUUUUUCCUCUCGUGUUACGGGACAGUCCUCCCAGUGCCCCAUCCCUAGUAUUUUUUCUCUUUUGAGUGAAAGCAACGAUUGUCUUUAUGGGCAGUGUUUGCGUAAAAGAUGAUGUUGUGUGUUGAUUGAGUUUUCAUGCAACUUGGUGAACUUUUGUUGUUGACUAUUUGCAAUUUUCUUUCUGUUCUAGCCGAGGGUUCAUCCUCUAAAGUUUCCAUUUGUAACACAGUGGCAGCAUUGGUAAAAAGUCUGUGUAAAUAAAAGUAGUUUUUACUUUUGCCUGACGACCACAAGCACACCAUGCGGUUUUGCUCUUUUUCGUGUGGAGGAAACAGACACAAAGACUUUUGUCACUAUAUAUUUAGGAUGCAUGUUUUUUUAUAACUGCACUGAAAUUCUUGGCAGAAAUGUUAUCUAGUUUGUGUAAGUUAAAGAUGAUUAAUAAACUGGUGCCAAAUGUUUUGCAGAAUCA